GUCGCCGAGGCCGCCGCAUUCGACAUCGUGUCCCCCGAUUCCACAAGUCCAGCCGCGUGCUGGCUCCAGCAGCUCCGUCAGAAGCGUGCGAGCCGAGGACGGCAACCGGCUUCUGAUGGACGCCCAGUCGCAGUGUGCACCCAGGAAGGUCACGAAGCUCAUGCAGGUGCUACCCGAAGGAGAACCGACCGUUCUGCCCCAGCAAUCUGAUGCGAAAGAAGCCGGAUGCUUGUCGGUGAAGCAGGUUGUUGCCGAGCGGGCGGCGCACCUGUCCAGGCUGCGAUCGGCAAGCUGCACCUUCGAGGUCGCCCUGCCAUCGUUGCUCCAGGGCCAAGGAUCAGGUUUUGGCUCCUGCUGCUUCAAGUUUUGGAGGGGUGUGCUAGCGGUCUGCGGAGCAUCCGCAAUGUGGGACUCUUCCCGAACAGAUGCAGCACAGAGAUGCCGGCACUUCUUGCACGUGGCUGUCACCGUCGUCCUUUCCAUUCUGGCAGUUUUG